AUGAAGGACAAAGCAGAGUUGAACGCACUGCUGCAGAGGUUCACCAACGCCAGGGACUUCAACGAGCGCUUGGUGGUGCCACACUUCGCGUACAGAGGGCGGCGCGAGCUACUACAAGGACGCGGUAGCUUUCAAACGGCUGAUUCAGAUGAACGUGUUGCUCCCCGUCAUCUGUCUGACAGCACGUAA